AUGGGAGGUCCAAGUCCACCAUACUAUACGCCACUGUCUAAACCCACGGCCAACGCCACCACUUAUUGGAGAAAACCCAAAAUCUACUCAUUUGCUUUUGUAACAAUCCUUUGCUCUCUGUCCUAUCUUUAUGGUGUUUGGCAGCACGGCACUGGCGCCACCACCUCCGGCCUCCGUACAGCCACCUCUUGUAUUUUUUCCAAAAACACAACCACUGUAAAAACACAGUACUCAUCAUCAUCAAAAGCAUCGUCCUCCACCGGUACACAACUAGACUUCGCCAGCCACCAUUUCACCGACGACGGCGGAGCCACCACCUUUGCUGAAGAAACCGUGAAGAAAUACCCACCAUGUGAUAUCAAGUACAGCGAGUACACCCCAUGUGAGGACCCCAAAAGGUCACUGAAAUUUGAGAGGGACAGGUUGAUAUACAGAGAAAGGCAUUGCCCGGAGAAGAAUGAACUUCUCAAGUGCCGAGUUCCGGCGCCCCACGGGUACAAAAACCCGUUCAAGUGGCCGCUCAGCCGGGAUCUGGCGUGGUACGCUAAUGUACCACACAAGGAGUUGACAGUGGAGAAGGCGGUUCAAAAUUGGAUUAGAUAUGAAGGUGACCGCUUCAGAUUCCCCGGCGGGGGUACCAUGUUCCCUAAUGGUGCUGAUGCAUAUAUUGAUGAUAUUGACAAGUUAAUUAAUCUUAAAGAUGGAUCCAUUAGAACUGCCCUUGAUACUGGCUGCGGG